CCCGGGAGGGGCCCUCCCGGAUGCACCGGGAGCUGCCGGCAGCGCGCAGGGAGCGGGGAUCGCCUGGGGUCCCGCACGGCCCCGCACGGCCCCGGGGGCCGGGAGCCUCGGGACGGCGGUACCGGGCGGUACCGGGCGGUACCGGGCGGGCCCACCCCCCCCCGGAAUGCCGCCAGCCCCCCGCCGAGCCCGGCCGGGGCCGCGCCUGCCCUGAGCCAUGUGGGCGCGGGGUCCCCCCGAGCCCCGGCGGCGCUGCUGGCUCCGGGCGGUGCGGAGGCGGCUGCCGGUCCUGGGCUGGCUGCCCCGCUACUCGCCGGGCUGGCUGCAGCUCGACCUGAUCGCCGGCGUGACCGUGGGCCUCACGGUGGUGCCGCAGGCGCUGGCGUACGCCGAAGUGGCCGGCCUGCCCCCGCAGUACGGCCUUUAUUCCUCCUUCGUGGGCUGCUUUGUCUACUGCUUCCUGGGAACUGCCAAGGACGUGACGCUGGGUCCCACGGCCAUCAUGUCGCUGCUCGUCUCCUCUUACGCCUUCCACGACCCUGUCUAUGCCGUGCUGCUCACCUUCCUGGCUGGCUGCAUCCAGCUGGCCAUGGGGCUCCUGCACCUCGGUUUCCUGCUGGACUUCAUCUCCUGCCCGGUCAUAAAAGGCUUUACAUCGGCUGCCUCCAUCACUAUUAGCUUCAACCAGGUCAAGAACAUCCUGGGGCUGCACGGGAUCCCUCGGCAGUUUUUCCUGCAGGUGUAUGAAACGCUGGGGAGGAUCGGGGAGACCAGGCCUGGGGAUGCCAUCCUGGGGCUGGCCUGCCUGGCCGCACUUGCAGGGCUGCGGGUGAUGAAGAGCCGCCUGCCCCCCGCUGCCCGCACGGAGCCGCUGGCCACCAGGGCCAGCUACCUGAUCGUCUGGACCUGCGCCACCGCACGCAAUGCCCUCGUGGUCCUGUUUGCUGGGCUGGUGGCUUACUGCUUCCAGCUGCGGGGCUCCCAGCCGCUGACGCUCACCGGCAGCAUCCCCCGCGGCCUCCCCCCCUGCCGGCUGCCGCCCUUCUCCAAGGCUGUGCCCAACGGCACCGUGCCCUUCGGGACGAUGGUGGAGGACAUGGGAGUCGGGCUGGCCGUGGUCCCGCUCAUGGGCCUGCUGGAGACCGUUGCGAUUGGCAAGGCUUUUGCCUCGCAGAACGACUACAGGAUUGACCCCAACCAGGAGCUGCUGGCUAUGGGCUUUGCCAACGUCCUGGGCUCCUUCUUCUCAUCGUAUCCCGUCACAGGAAGCUUUGGCCGGACGGCGGUGAACGCGCAGACGGGCGUCUGCACCCCGGCGGGAGGGCUGGUCACAGGCGCCCUGGUGCUGCUCUCGCUGGCGUACCUCACCUCGCUCUUCUACUACAUCCCCAAAGCGGCGCUGGCUGCCGUCAUCAUCUCCGCCGUGGUCCCCAUGUUCGACGCCGGGAUCUUCAGGAGGCUCUGGAGGGUUAAGAGGCUGGACCUUGUCCCCCUCUGCGCGACGUUCCUGUUCUGCUUCUGGGAGGUGCAGUACGGCAUUGUGGCCGGGGUGCUGGUCUCAGGGAUCCUGCUGCUCUACUCCAUCGCCAGGCCCCCGCUGAAGGUGGGCUGCUCACCUCGCGUGGGUGCGCUGGGGCCGGCCAGGCUCAGCAGGGAGCGGGGAGCUCCCUGUGGCUCAUCCUCCCCGGGGGUCUUGUGCAGGUGUCGGGGCAGGGCACGCUGCUGGUGCAGCCGGGGAGCAGCCUGCACUUCCCAGCCAUCGAGCACCUCCGGGAUGUCAUCUGCAGCCGCGCUCUCUCAGCAGCACCCUCACCGCGCUCCGUCAUCCUGGACUGCCAGCACAUCAGCAGCAUCGAUUACACGGUGGUGGUGGGGCUGGCAGAGCUGCUGCAGGAGCUGCGCAAGCACGGCAUCUCGCUGGCCUUCUGCAGCCUGCAGGACCAGGUUCUCCGAGCCCUGCUGGCUGCAGACCUGGAAGGAUUCCGACAUUUCCCCAGCUGGGAGGAGGCAGAGCGGUGCAGCGGAGCGGAGCCGGGGGGCAGCGGGGCAGCCCCCUUCGACAGCACCAGCACCAGCGAGAGCUCGCUGCUGCCCACGGGGCUCAUCCAGUGAGGCAGAGGAGUUGCCUGGGGCUUUCUCAGGACCGCGUCUCCCUGCUGUUCCCGAUGGCCCCGGAGGCUGCACGCCCUGUGCAGGCAGGGCAGUGCCCGGCAGCGCGGGGGAGAGCCGGCAGGGGCGGGGGAGUGACCUGGAGGGUCCCUAUCGCUGCCACCGGGAGUCACCCUCCUCCAUUCCAGGCUGGCCCCAUCCUGGGAGCAGCUGCCUUUUUAAAAUCGGAUGUUUUAUUUUUGGAAAAUGUUCUUACUCGGAUCCGUUUUGAGCUCUGACACAGAGCGUGCUCUUGUCACCGUGAGUUUCAAGGAUGCUGGAGCCGCCCUGCACGCCCAAGGCCGUGCUGCAGCUCUCAAGCUCAGGCUGCCAGGAAAUAAUAAUAAUAAAAAAAAACGAAACAUUGA